UUGAAUGAAUUAUGUGGCCUAUUCAUUUCCGCCUGAAUCGAAGAUACUCAGAUAGUUGAAUCAUAGUGUGCGAUUGAUUAAUCGAUAGACACCAUUGCCACAGUGACUCAGGCAAAAAAUUACGCUUCUUAGUUACAUAGCGUGUUUUUUCAAGACAAUACAACUGGCAGAUCGUGCAAUUACUGGAUAUUGUUUACAAAGAAGUAAUUGUGAAUCAUGAAGGCACCAACAUCAGUAGUCAUUAAAGGUUUCAUUUUACUAGUGAUAUGCUAUCGAAAUUGUGGAGCGUACGAAUGGCUACAGAAGACAUCCAAAGCUUUUAAAUUACAAAGAAAUGACGAGGUCGACUUCAACUGCUCUCUUAGUGACCCAACUGUAAACGUCACGUUUUGGUAUAAACCACAUACACCUUCUAUUUUCAAAAGGCGUAUUCCUGACGGUAUAUAUCUUCAGCAAUUCAAUCAAAUAUUUCGAAUUGUGAAAUUAAACCGCUCAAAUGAUGGUGAUUAUGAAUGUCGAGCUGAAAAUGUGUCGACUUUAGCAGUCCUUUCAGUUCAUUACGCUACUGAUGGCUUAGCAAGACCUGUACCAAGCAUUAUUCGCCGCACAUCAGUCGAAUAUAAACAGAGGGUUGUUCUAAGGUGUAAAAGUUUUGGCUACGUUUAUCUUACAUGGUACAAAAGCAAACUAAACGGAACAAGAAAAGACUGGAAAGAACUGAAGGCCUCUGAUUACGUGAGACAAUAUAACCAAGGUCGAAUGCAUAAAACUGUGACAAUUCGAGACUUAGUCAUAGAGAAUUUUGACACAAAUGACGAUGGAGUAUAUGUGUGUUACCUAACUAGAAACUAUGUCAAAUGGACAGCAUACACAGAGGAAUACAUCAAAAUGCCUGAUUUUGCAAAGCCAAAUAUUUCUAAAUUCCCGGAACCCGUGAUCACUUUUGAUCCCAGGUACAGUUAUGAUGUUGAGAAGUUUUACAAAGUAGAGGGUUUCCAAAGCUUACGAUUACAUGGUGGAAGAUUGUUGGCAGUCAAGAAGAGCUGUUGUAUAACUCGACAACCAAUAAAAACACAUAUGAUGACCUAUAUUUUGAACGAGAUUAUAUAUACUUCUAUGGUUUAUCGUUUCCAAAAGAUAAUGCAACUUUCAAAUGCGUUGUUACGAACAGGAUGGGAAAUGUUUCUAAAUCAUUUGCUUUGAAUAUUUUGGGUGCACCGAAGAUUAUAAAUAAAUCCAAAGGCAUCAAAACAGUUCAUGUUUACAAAGAUAGUCGUACUAAGACAAGAUUAAUCUGCAAUAUACAGAAAGGAAAUCCCGAAAAAUUUGUGGUUGUUUGGGAAGGACAGUUUACCCAGUGUUUUGAAGAUAACUGUAAACCAAACAACUCGUACUGGGAAGAGAUCACAAACAAGGAAAAUGUCUAUGAAAUCAUCACAACGUCAACUAAAAGUACUUUAAUACUACUCGAGGAAAA